CAAGUUUUCAGGCUUAAAUCAUCACAAAGACUUUAAGCAGCUGGACUGGGUAAAAGUCAAGCUCAAAUGCCAAAGCUAAUGCUUGUUUACGAAUAUGGCUGCCCGUAGCUUUUAUGCUCAUCAUUUCCAUGGUCUCCUGUAUUUUUUCAACUCCAUGGUUUACUUGUUCUUUUAUCAAUAUUCUUCUUUACAGGCACUACAAUUCAACUUCCCUGAUUUCUCAGGCACCCCUAACCUUAACGUUAGUGGAGAUGCCAGCGUCAAAGAUGGAUUGCUAUCGCUUACCAGAAGCCUAACCGGUAAAAGCUUUGUUGAUAGCACAGGUCGUGCUGUCUAUCAUGAAGAGCUUCAACUUUGGGAUCCUGUCACUGGCAAGGCUGCAGACUUCUUUACUCAUUUCUCCUUCAACAUAUCGAUGCUUCAGCCACCAAACGGAGGGGAUGGAAUUACCUUCUUGAUUGCACCAAAUGGCUCAACCAUUCCGGAUUAUUCUUGGGGAGGAUGUCUGGCGCUAAUUGACAAUUGUUCAGAUUUUAACACUUCUGGAUUAGUUGCAGUUGAGUUUGAUACAUACCAGAAUGACUGGGAUCCAAAUGACAAUCACAUCGGUAUAAAUAUCAAUUCCAUUCGAUCAGCAGCCAACAUAACAUGGAAUACAAGUAUCAAAAAUGGAUCAAAAGCACAUGCAUGGAUCACCUAUGAUUCUAGGACUAGAAAUUUGAGUGUGUUCUUGACAUAUCUUGAAAACCCAAUUUUUUAUGGUAAUUCUAGCCUUUCAUAUGAAGUUAAUUUAUCAAAAGUUUUACCAGAGUGGGUCGCUGUCGGAUUUUCAUCUUCUACUGGUUAUCGAACCGAGAUACACAACAUUCUUUCAUGGGAAUUCAAUUCAACAAAAUUAUCCACAGGACCUGAUAAUCAAGGAGAUGGUGGAGGAGUAAAUAUUGGACUGGUAGUUGGAUGUGUGGUUGGUGGAUCUUUUGUGGCUGUUGGGACCAUCGCAAUAUUGCUCUUUUUCUGGAGGAAGAAGACCACUCAACAGAAGAAAGAAGAGGGUUCAGAACAGGACGAUUCUAUGGAUCAUGAGUUUGAGCAUGGCACUGGCCCCAAGCGUUUCUCUUUUGCUGAGAUGGUUCGAGCCACUAAUAACUUCUCUGAAGAAGGAAAACUUGGCGAGGGAGGGUUUGGGGGAGUCUACAAAGGCUUUCUAUCUUCUUUGAACUUAAGCAUCGCAGUUAAAAGGGUUUCUAAAAUGUCAAAACAAGGGAAAAAGGAGUAUAUUGCGGAGGUGAAGAUUAUCAGCAAAUUGAGACAUAAGAAUCUUGUUCAACUCAUUGGUUGGUGUCAUGAGAAAGGUGAGUUCCUUCUAAUCUAUGAGUUCAUGCCCAAUGGUAGCCUUGAUUCUCAUCUUUUUGGAGCUCAAAGUCCACUUUCAUGGGCACUAAGGUAUAAGAUAGCCCUGGGUUUGGCCUCUGCAUUGCUUUAUCUCCAUGAAGAAUGGGAACAAUCUGUCAUACAUAGAGAUGUCAAAUCAAGCAAUGUGAUGUUGGAUUCCAAUUUCAACGCCAGGCUGGGAGAUUUUGGUUUGGCAAGGUUAAUGGAUCAGGAAUUUGGAAUCAAGACAACAAGGCCUGCAGGAACAUUUGGCUACAUGGCACCAGAAUAUAUUAGCAAGGGAAAAGCUAGCAAGGCAUCAGAUGUUUACAGUUUUGGUGUGGUUGCAUUAGAAAUUGCUUGUGGAAGGAGAUCCAUUGAAUCAAAAUCCAAAAAAGAAGCCGAAAUCUCAUUGCUGGAUUGGGUUUGGAGAUCGUAUGAAAAUGGAAGCAUUGUUAAUGUGGCGGAUGAGAAAUUGUACAUGGAUUUUCAUUUGGAACAAAUGGAAUGCUUGAUGAUUGUGGGAUUAUGGUGUGCUCAUCCUGAUAGCACUUUUAGACCCUCCAUUAGGCAAGCAUUGCAGGUUCUUAAUUUUGAGGCACCAUUGCCAAAUCUGCCUAAAACAAUGCCUGUUCCCAAGUAUGAUAUUCCUGCCACCCCUUCAUCUAGUUCAUCACAUGAGCCUUUGAUGUCCAAUUCAUUAGAUACUACGGGCCGUUAAGAAGUUAAGGUAGUUAUCUUAUCUAGUGUUGUAUUCAAGUUUUUCUUUCUUAUAUAUAUAUAUAUAUGGAGAGAGAGAGAGAGAGAGUUGUACUUCUACUUUGUGAAAUUCAAAUAAGAUAUUUCUUUCUUGCAUCAAUUUUCGCAAUCUAAAUUGAUGCAAAAUCAGACAAAUUGAUGCAAAAAGUGUAAAAUUUUUGAAAAUUUUUGUUGCCUCAAUAUGCUCAUUUAAAUAUAAAAAAUUAUC